AUGCUCACUACACCUUCUCCAAAUGCAAGUAUGGUGAGUAAAAUACAAGUGAAUAGUUUUUUUUCAUGUACAAACGUCUUUGUCAUAUAUAAUAGUAUGUUUCUGUUAGUGUUGACUUGCACACCUGCACAACAGCAUUUGCUCCUUGCUGGUCUGGAGCAAAGUGGACUAAUGUUUGAUGCAAACCAGAGUGAUGAUUUCCAACUUUAAUUUGCUAUAUGUAUGUCAUUUACAAUGUACUGUAAUUACCACAAAUGUGGUUCUCAGGUUUCAGCCUACAUGUACUCCUCGGUUUCUUGAUAUCAGAUGACUUGUUCUGCUGAUUUGUAUCUUUCUAAACUCCCUUUGUAUUGUUCUGUAAGGGAUUUUUCUUAAAAUUUGAUGGUUUUAUUUUCAAUUCUUGUGUACUGCUAGGCAUCAACUCUUUAUAAUCCGUCUUAAAAUAUUUUAGUUGUAAUCGUAUCAACCUUACAUAAAUUAGCUAGGCUGUUUUAUUGACUGUGCAAAGGAAAAUUUAUUUUGCAUUCCUUAUCAUGUUGUUAUUAUUUUUUUAAUCCUGUUUUACAUGUAUUUUUACCAACAUUUUCUAUCACUUUAUUUAAACUGUAGUCAUCAGCUGCAAGUACACCCAAUUCUGUCCCUGUAUCAAACAAGAGAAAGAAAGAUGACGAUGAUGAUGAUGAACCGAAGGAUGACAUCAGGUAAAGUUGGCUAAAUAUACUGUCAGCAAUACUAGUUAUUCCUUUUCGUCCUCAGUUAAUGUACGUGUGCGAGCUGACUGGUGAACGUGUUUGUUGGUAUACUUUUCUCCCCUUCAAAAAAAAACAGGAAAAGAAAGACAUAACCUGCAGGCUAUCAGCUUAAUAAGCACUGCGAUAUAAUUAUACCCUGGAUACCAAAGGUUUUUUUGUGGUGUUUGGUUGUUGUUGUCUAAUUAUAUGAGGUGUGGGUACUACAACAGCAUUUCCCAACCCAAUACUCUAACAGGGGUUAUUCUAGUACCAUUGCAUCCAGUACUAAGGGAAGUGUCCAUGCAGGAUAGGUGUCCACCUUAUACAGAGUCAAUAAAGAUGCCUGGGUGAUCAUCUUGGUGUCCAUCUAAGGGGGGUGUUUAUAUUGCAGCAAGUCAAACAAAGGACUCAAGGGUGACAGGGACAAAUUCAAGUCCAUUUAAGAAAGAUGUCCAGUUUCUAAAUUAUUGUUGUCUUUUAUAAGUGACAGUGUUGACUGCCUUUACUAUGGGACUAUUCCCUGACCUCUUACUGUAAAUCCUACAACCAUAUGAGGGUGGCUAUUUGAGAGGGAGAGCUUACUUAAUUUAGAAAAGACUAUGGUAUCAGUUCUCCAUAAAUAACUAGAAUACAAAGUGGAAAAGCUCAAGUACAAGAAGGUUGGAGGUUAUGCAGCCGAGGAUUAGAAUCAAAUCCGAACUUCCAGUUGGUAAAUAAACCAUCCCGGAUCAGUCCACACGAAGUUUUCCAGUCAUAAUUGAUUAAAACAGUCUUAUCAUUUGUUAGUGAAGAAUAUUUAGGAGAGGGGAGGGGGGAGAGGAGGGGCUUAUUAACUUUCUUCCCCUGAAAGGGUGGGGGGGUUAUUAGAGGAGGGGCUUAUUUGAGAGGGGGGCUUAAUAGAGGAUUUACAGUACCUAUUUUUUUUCAUUAUCAGGUUAUGGGAAGCAGGUUGGAAGGGUCGCUAUUAUCAAAACAAGUUUCAUAUAACUGAGAAUGAAGAAGGAUAUGAUGAUUUCCGGAAGAAAGUGGUAACAUUCUAGAUUCACCAUGUUGAUUGUUAUUUACUGGAAACAAAAGUGCAAGAAAUUUUGUUAAAAAUUUGGUAGAAAAGGCUGGAGAAAUUUUUAACACCGCCUUCUUUUCUUUUCUCUUUCUUUGACAAGGCUGACGCUUAUGUAGAAGGACUCUGCUGGGUUUUACUUUACUAUUAUCAGGUAAGUAAUUAAUGAAGCUGUUUCUAUUAAUUUGGAGUUUAUAGUACUGAAAGAAGUGGCCAAAACACCCUCACAUUGAGGAGGGGUAGAAAGUAAUACAGGACACCCCCAUCCGUGAGGACUAAUGGACACGAAUUUUUGGCCUGUAAAUUUAAGGUGGCAGGACGUGGGUCUUAAAUUAACGGUUUUCUUUUUAUAACAUAACCAUCACUUUUUUUUCUUCAGGGAUGUCCAUCGUGGAAGUGGUUUUAUCCUUAUCAUUAUGCACCAUUUGCAUCUGAUUUUCGUGAUCUUGGUUCGCUUCCCAACUCAUUUGAACGUGGAACACAACCGGUAACUGAAUAUCAUUUAAUGUUAUCCAAUAAUUAUAUACAAGACUGUUUGCUUUCCAUCUUUCUUUGAUAUCUGUCAAGUUCGUAUUACCAGUGAAAAUUUGAGGGAAAAAAUGUGGUUAACAAACUUUUCUUGUGGCACGAGGCAUCAUCGCUCACCACUUGCGCCUUUUUUACAUGUGUUACUCCGGCGUGAGUGUUACACGUGCUACUCAUGUCGUAACUUUAAAGAAAAUAAGGGACAACUCGCAGUGUAAUUAACGUGUGUAGUGGAAUUCUGAAUAUUUGCACUUCAUUAUUUGUCCAUCUUUUUUUUCUAUAUGUACAGAAAUAGCUGCCUUGUUGGUUUGAAUAGUAUUUAUUCUUCUAGGUCUGAAGCCUCUGAAUCAUGUUUACAGCGUUCUUUGAUUCGUUUUCUCUUUACUCUGAUUUCAGUUCAAACCUUUGGAGCAGUUGAUGGGUGUGUUCCCAGCAGCCAGUGGGAAAUUUCUGCCUCCCACCUGGAGAGAACUUAUGUCACAUCCGGUAAGUGGAAAGUCUUCUUUUCUCAUUGAUUUUUAUAUUUCAGUAUUUUAUUGGUCGAUUGACUGUUUAGUUGAUAUGUUCGUUGAUGUUUAUUAUUUAAAUAGUAUAUUCAUUGAUUGAUUGAAUGAUUGAUUUAUUAAUGAUUGAUUACUCUUUGCGUUUCAGGAUUCGGCAAUAAUUGACUUUUAUCCUUUGGACUUUGAGAUUGACCUCAAUGGAAAGAAAUAUGCUUGGCAAGGUACCCUUAAGAACUUAAGAAACAUGCACUAACACAGCGCAACACGAUGAAUUGUUUGAGCCUCUCUCAGGUGAAAGCAGUACUUGGCUCCGCCACUCAUACACAGGCACACCAAUCAAAUAAAAUUAACUGGUUAGAAAUGCACCUACCAAGAGGCUACUGGUUAACAUAGUAGUUGUUUGAAGGGGAAAGAAAACAUGAAUGGCAUUCUCUUGGACCCAGUAGUAACAUCUUCCAUGUAUUUUUCACCACAGGUGUUGCUUUGCUACCGUUUGUUGACGAGAAGAGACUGCUAGGCGCUCUUAGUAAUGUAUAUCCUGAUUUAACAGAUAUGGAAAGUAAGUUGAAGUGCAAUAUUUCAUUUCUUAUAGCAAUGCUUCAUAGCAGGUGGUACCUAUUUAGGAAGGUGCCUUGGUCCUUAAGUAACGUUCUGAAAACUUUUUUUUUUUUCAUGACACAACAGUAACAGUGAUAAUCUUUAGUGUAGCGUAUUCGUAAAACCUUCCCUUAAGCGUGACUGAGCUGCAAUUUUCAGCUUGUCUUGCGUGACACCACAGUAAUGUGGUGACGUAGUGAAAACUUUGAGAUGUACUCAUUUCACAAGCUAUUAGCUUAAUAAAUUAUGAAUGCUCCCUAACCAUUCUUUGGUUUAUUUGUCUCAUUUCAGAGAAGCGGAACAGUCGUGGUAAAGAUCGUCUGUUCGUUCGUCAGGGAAAUCCUACAUUUGACUUCUUCGUUGGUUUAUAUGAAGGAGACGGCAUUAAAGAGGUAACCCUCUACAAUGUAUUUUUAAAGGUUAUUGCUUCUUCCUGCUUGAUGCAAACCAUUCGAGUAUCCGAACUCAGAACUUCUGAGAACAAAUCCAGCUAGCGGUCAAGCGGAAGGGAGGACUUAACUUGGGAUCUCUGGAUAGCAAGUCCAAUAUUCUAACCUCUCGGCCAUACACAAGCGGCCACUUGUACCUUCCCCGAGCUAUGGUGGCCUCACAGCAGAGAUUUAACUGCUCAUAUCUGGUGUGUUGUCUCUUUUAGGCAGUUGACGUAGUAGCAGACCUAACAGGGGGUAUGUCAGGCAAGGUACAGACAGAUGAUUGCCCCAUCCUACCUCACAAGUAAGUUCAUUCAGAUGAGUAAUUGUUGAAUGGCAUGCACUGGUCAUAUUAAGACGAAAUGAUCACUAAUAUAAGACCUUUAAAAAGAACGAGUUACAGUCGAAACUCUCGCUAGCGACCACCCGAAUUGUCAAGGUUUAUUGGUCGUUUACAAGACGUGAACCAUUAUGGGGGCUCUUCCGAGAAGAGGUUCGGACACAUCUACAUCUGCAUGUCAUGAUAUGUGUAGCUCCAUGUAUUGUCAUUAAAGGUCCUUUGUGUACUCUGUGUAGUAUAGUACAUACAGCAAACAUGGAGAUCAGGUCGUUUAUCAAUUGGUCGCUUACAAGAGGUUUAAAACAGUGGAAAAUAAUAAAACCAGUACUUCAAAUAGUUAUUGCGGUCGCGCACGAGAGGUGGUCGUUCAUGAGAGGAUCCAACUAUAGGGCUUUGACAGGGAAAAUUUUUGUGCUUUGGAGAGGUGGUCGCUUACAAAAGAAGUCGCCAUGCGUGGAGGUUCAACAGUGGAAGCUUUUAUUAAGAUGAUAGCAUUAAACAAAUUUAUCUGUUAGGGCCUGUUUACAUGGGGGUGGGGGACCCCAGGUAGGUGAGGUAAUCCGCUUAGGUGGGGUAACCCGCCUGUCCAUAUAAUCUCUUAUGUGGUCACCCCAUCUAUCAUGUAAACGUGAUCAAAUUAAAAUGGGAGAUUAUAUGGACAUGUGGGUUACCCUACCUAAGUGGGUUACCUCACCUACCUGGGGUCCCCCACCUCCGCGUAAACAGGCCCUUAGUUACAUGGGUUUAAGACCUUAUCCAUGCGAAUCUGUUUAGGUUUCUUUGCUUAUGCAAUCUGUUAACUAGCGUUUGCAAAACAGUCCCAAUGUGCAGUUCGAUACUACACCAGCCUGGUCUCUUACGCGACCUCCAACUGGCCAGUGCUAUUCUCUUAUGAAGAGCCAAAAAAGUAUGAGCUCUGAUAUGUUCACAGACUUAAACAAACUAAACUAUCUUUGACAGCUUAAUAAACAGGGUUUCCUUCAAUUUUUUUUUUCAGAACAGUUCCUUCGCCCGUUCCUCAACUCUACGACCUCAGGGAUAACAGAACUAUCAGGUAAACAGCAAUAACAUCAACAUCACAAACACAACAUAGCAUGUCAAACUCCUUCCCAGGGUCCUCUUUUUGUCGUUCUCUCGGGUGAGAGUAGGAGAGAAACCUGGGAACUGCAUAGCACAUAUGACUCAGACGCGAUUCAUUUUUCUUUUUUAUAAGUUUUUCUGACAGAGUGUAAUGUUGAAAAUUAAUUCUUUGUCGCAUUUUUGAAUUGUUCACUUUCAGUGUGUUUUUCAUCGACCCUGUUUAUGAUAUGGAUCAUAUUUUUAAGGCGGAUAUCUUACCUAAGGGAGAGUAAGUGAAAGUUAGAUACCCAUUGAGUACUAUUUUUAUUGCUAUUUUUAUAUUGAAUGCUGCAUGUAGUCACAUUUUUAUCUAUGUGUACCUCAUUAGGGCCUCAAAAACAUUCCAUGGUACGGGGAUACCCCCUUCCCCCACCAGUGUCCAAACCCCUCCCUUCUCGUAUGUCCAACCCUUGCCUCCCCCGUUGUCCAACCUUACCCCUCCGAUGUCCAAACCCUUCCCCUUCUAAAAAAGUGUCAAUAAAAAGUUACCCCUUUAUAUACCUUACCAAGAAAAUAAUACCCCCUUCAUGAACCUACAAAAGGGUUUUUUUGUAAUUAACUGUGGGAGUUUGCCUCAUGUUCCUUAUGUGUGACCUUUUAAAAUAAUAACAUAAAUUAGCCAUCGAUCGUGCCUUUUACAAAUGCACUGUACUUUGAAAGACCCUUUCAAACGCUUGAAAAGUUAUAUUCCUUACCCUUUUCUAUCUGCCAUUUCGUUAAUUUCCUACAAUUUUCCAGAUACCUCUUCCCUGGAUUACCCCUUUUGGGUGGAACUUCCCCCCUGUAGUGUCAUUACAGGGAGUUCCAUCUGUGUAUAAGCAGAUUACUAGAUGAUCACAUGGUCAGACCAGUUCUCUGCAAUUCGAUUAUGGACGCCCAUACAGUACUUGUUUUUUCCAGGUGCAACUUGCACUUAAUGCAAGCAGUAUGGGUAAAAUUUCUUGUAUAACGGAUUAUCAGGCCAGAUCGUUUGCUAGUCGUCCUACAAAUCGCGAUUGACAUGUAAUUCUUUAUUUUUUAGUAUCGUAAUAACUCAGAUCAUUAUACGUUUCUGGAAGACUGCCUACCUACCCCUCCCCUAAACCAACAUUUUGCCCUAUGUGACAAGUAAGUGUUGAUGUUGGCUUAGGGGAGGGGUGGGUGGGCAGUUUCCCAGAAACGCAUAAAGAUCCAAUAACUAUUCCUUAGUCUAAAGCAUCGCCUGUGAUUUUCUCUUCACCAGUCCCCCUGCUCGUGUUCUCAAGCCAGAAGGUUAUGAUAGUAACAGGCCAUACAGACCAGUUAUUGGAAUGAACGCUAACAGAACCUCGUUUGCUCAUUUGGGCGAUGCGGGGCGGCGGAUGCUUAAGUAAGUAAAGUAGUCAUCUGUAGUGGUACCUGAUGGGGUGACUGUGCUUUAUAUGACUCAAGUAGUGUUCUGUAGUGGUACCUGAUGGGGUGACUGUGCUUUAUAUGACUCAAUUAGUGUUCUGUUGUGUCACCUGAUAGGGUGACAUGCAUGUGAUAAACAUAUCCUUUUUUCAGACAAAAAAUAAACUUAAAGAGUAAGUGGAUGUGAGGCACAAACCUGGUCCCCACGUUUCUGUGUAAUCUCGUCUCCAGGGCUUUUUCCCAAAGAAAAGGGAAAAGCCCUGGGUCAGACAGCCUGUUCCAGGCGAUCAGAUUGUGUGGACGGCGCAGAGAAGGUGUGAGCAGGAAAAAAAAACAGCCUCACUUUCUCCUUUUUUUCCCACUCUCUCACUUCGCACUGCACUCCGCUAUCUAACCGUUGGAGCUUCCAACAAGCUACUCUGGGGUAGCCUCCCACACAGACGUACUUAGCGGUUCGUCACGCGUUGGGGAGGAUUGCGUGACGAGCCAAAAGAACUUCUUCGUGGAAGGCUAACUCUGGGGACGUGGUUGUGGUUUGAAGGUUUCUACUGUCCUGGUGUAAUCUAAAAAUUUCUAAUAUCGCAUCUGAAGGAAGCUAUAUAAGUUGUUCUCUUUUUAGGGUAGCAUUUUGAUGACAACUUUUCCUCUCUUUUCUUGUCAGUUUUCACAAAGGGGAUCUUUUUCGUCCCUACACUCCUGCCAGCUAUGUGCCGCCCUUUCGGUCGAACUCAUGCCCUCCGCAGAAUGAUUCCAGGCAUGGUUACCCUGAUCGUCCAACAUCCAAUCCGAGUACACCUGUAUCGUCACGUGGUAAUCAUGACCCAAGACGACAGAUCUAUGACAGAAAUCGCGCUCCACAGUACAACUCGGGAGGUUACCAAGGCAACCAAUCCUAUUACAAUUCAGGGGGUUACCAAGGUAACAGAUCCCAGUACAACUCGAGCAAUUACCAAGGAAACUGGUCACAAUCAAACGCGUACUCUCGAGGACCUGGGUCGAGUCAAUCUCAGUACUCUCGCGGUAGCUAUCAACAUUCGUCACGUGACCCUAGACAGCAGCAGCAGCAGCAGCAUUACAAUCGACAAGGACCUCCCAACAGGGUAAGUUAAACGAUCAAAAACCUUAUUCUCCCAAGUAAGGAAGCGAUGCCGUACAAGAGCACGCGAAAUCUUCUUGCUUUAUUAUUUAGUUAGGUAAUGUCCUCUUUUUUUGUUUUUCGUUAUUGCAAGGAUCUAUUUCGUAAAUGGUCGCUCCUACCCUUAAUUCAAAUGUCAUUCUUUUAUUUCCCUCUUACCGUUACAACUGCACUAUUUUGCUGAACUUUCUUGCUUGGCUGCAAAGAAUUUGUCAUUUUGGGAUGAACAUAUAUAUAUGUACUAUCAGGUCACCAGAAACAUUUAUUCUGUAGAUCGUGUGCUCAAAAACGAUUGCCUUUCUUGGUAUUUGAUCUGUCCGUUCUCUCUUUCGGCUUUCUGUAUGGCAGGUACCCGUUUAAAUUGUCGCUCCUGCCGUAAAUCCAAAUUCUUUAUCUGACCCUCACAACUACAGUACUUUGUUCAGUCUUCUUAAUAUUUAUCUGUCUUAAUUUUUCUGUGCCUUCCAGUUCAGUUAUCCCGGAUGCGCUUUAAGCGUAUCACCGCGCAUGCGUUAUUAAAUUGACAACUUGUUAAUCGUGGUUUUGUUUGUACCUCAGGAUGAUCGUCGCCAUUCGUACCCGCUUUCCAAUUACCGUUACAGACCGUACUAA